AUGACACAUGUACACGAGUUAAAUAGACUCUCUUGGAACAGUGCCACUUUGGCACAUAACAGUCACAAGGGCGACCAGGCAGAGUUGUUUAGAAAUGGACAUUGUACACUAUUCCCUGAGGAGAAGGAGUUGUUGGGCCAUGUGUCAGGACGCUCACUACUUCAUCUUCAAUGUAACUCUGGUCAGGAUACACUGAGCCUCGCAAGACUCGGUGCCAAAGUCACUGGUGUCGACAUCUCUGACGAGGCCAUCUCCUUUGCCCAAACACUCUCGGCCAACUCCAACAUACCCGCGACAUUCAUUCGCGAUGAUAUACUACAUUGGAUGUCUGAAGCUGCCAAGAGAGGAGUCAAGUUCGACCGAGUGUUCACAUCGUAUGGCACCAUCGUUUGGAUCGCAGACUUGAAGGCGUGGGCGCGUGGAAUUGCCUCGCUCCUCGCCACUGGCCCAGACAGUCGCUUCGUUAUUGUCGACUUCCACCCAUUCGCACUCUACUUUGAUCAACAAUGGAAGCCUACCUAUGACUACUUUAACAGAGACGCGAUAGAAGAGAGUGGCGUUGGCGACUAUGUAGCCGACUCGGGCGAUGGCCUGGGAAGCGUGCACAGUGGCGUCGUCGACUUUGUCAAUCCACACAAGAGCUACGAGCACUUUCAUGGUCUUGGCGACAUAAUCAAUGCGCUGGCGUCAGCCGGCCUGGUCAUCGAGUGCGUCAACGAGUAUCCCUACAGCAACGGGUGGAAGGGAUUUGAUGGCAUGGUGGACAUUGGUGGAAAGCGCAUGGUGCCUCCGUCCAACAUUCCCAAGAUACCAUUGAUGUAUGGUAUCAGCGCGAGACAUCCUUCCUCCUCCUCAUCAUGA